AUCAACACACAUCAACACACAUCAGCAUUCAUCGACCAUGGAUCCGACCACGUCCCAGCGAGACCAGAACAUCCUCGAUGUCAUCUUCAGCAAGAACAUGGAGUUUGCGCCCUUGGACGGCAUCAACCUCGACCCCUCCACAAUUACCGCCCCAGUCAUUCAACCUGAUCUGAUGGUUCGUCUCAAGGAGCUCGAGAGAGCCGCCGUCGGGCUCGCCGAGAAGAACAAUAUCGACGGUGCAAUCGGAAAGUUCUCUGAGGCCAUCGAGCUGUGUCCGCACUACGCCUCAGCCUACAACAACCGUGCUCAGGCCCUGCGGAUCAAGGGCGACAGCGAGCGAGCCCUCGAAGAUCUGGACAAGGCCAUCGAGCAUGGUCAGGGUCAGGUUGCCAUCCUGAAACAGGCCUACACUCAGCGAGCCAUCAUCAAGAAGCAGCGCGGCGACGAGGCCGGCGCGGAGGCCGACUUUGCCGAGGGCGCCCGGCAUGGCAACGAGGUCGCCAAGCAAGCGGUCCAAUCCAACCCCUAUGCCAAGAUGUGCAACGCCAUCGUGUCGGAAGCCAUGGCCAAACUUCGCCAGUGAAUCCCACAUCUCGCCAGUGAAUCCCACAUCUCGCCAGCGGAUCCCACAUCUCGCCGGUGAUACCAUCCAUGUGCCUGAGCCCCAACGCAGUUUCCGCCGCGCCGCUCUCGAGCAUCGCCAUCGCUGCCGGCCAUUGUCGGCCAUGGCCGCGCCCCGCUCAGUGAGACAGGCAACUUGAGUCUAUGCUGGAUGAGCCUCUGUCUGGAUCGAUCGUGAAUACAUUCAGUUUCUGCCAUC